GCAAUCAUUGCAACACAACACAGUCACAUUCGGUGCCAUUCGUCCCCAAAAUGCCUCAACUGCAGCUCCUUAACGAAAAAUUAGACGCAGUUCCUUUGGAGAUAUCCGUGAUUGUUAAAAGAACGAUUGCAGAGUACCAGGAGGAAAUCUCCCGCUUAAAACGGGCGAAUGCACGUCUACGAAGACUGUUAGAUUUGGUUUUAAAACCCGAGAUAAAGUUGCAUAAAUUAGAAGACCUCCAACAACUCACUCUCUCUGAGGAAGUUAGCCCUGACCAACAUCAGGAAUUGAGCUCUGGUCUUGCACCAUUGGAGUCAGAUAGUGAAGAUAAUGUAUGGGACUCUUUCAACAUCAUAACGAUAGAAAACCAAAUAGAAUCAGACGGUGAGAGCAUCAGUGAAUCUGAAUCAACCAGCGACUAUGAACCCUCCUCUGAAGUAAAUCCAGACAGUGACAACAGUCAAAGUGAUCAUGGAAAAAUUGUCAAAGUUGAAAAAAAAAUACCACUGUCGGAUUUAAAGACUAUCAAACCAAAGAGAGGAAGAGGACGGCCAAGGAAAGAAACCAGUGAAUUUCCUGAUCUGAAGUGUGAUAUUUGCGGGAAACGCUUGACGACAGCAAGUGGUCUGAGAAGACACAAAAAAAAUCUGCAUAAUGAAGGGAGACCGAGAAAAGAAACCAUUCGUCUGCCUAAUGACCUGAAAUGUGACAUGUGCGGAAAAUGUUUCACAGCAGCACGCAGUUUAAUAAGGCACCGGCGAAAUCGUCAUAGUGAAGACAGGCCCUACAUGUGCGAAACGUGUGGCCAGUGUUUCUCUCUGAACUGUUACCUAACCCGGCACAUAAAACGCCACACAGAGGAAAAAAAGUACAGCUGCACUGAAUGUGGAAAAUGUUUUCUUUACAAGGAAAACCUGGAUAAUCACAUGGGGGUUCACAGAGGGGGGGCCUUUAAAUGUGACGUGUGCGGACGAUGCUUGACGACAAAGGGUGGUCUGAAAUUUCACCAGAAAAAGCACACAGAACCAAAAAUGCACAAGUGUAAAGAGUGUGACAAAGCUUUCUUCAGCCUGUCAAACAUGAAAAAACACAUGAGGAUGCACACUGGGGAGAAACCUUUCAGAUGCAGAGAAUGUGGCAAAUGCUUCGCUGAGAAUGGAAGCCUCACGAAGCAUAUGAUCACUCACACAGAGGAGAAACCUCAUUGUUGUAACGUAUGUGGCAAAUGCUUUGGACUGAAGGGAAACCUGACAGUCCAUAUGAGGACUCAUGGUGGGGAGGGUGUUCAGUGUCAUUUGUGUGGAACUCACUUGAAGUUAGCCUCAAGUCUUAAAAGGCACCUGAGAACUCACAGAAAGAAUAUUCAGUGACGGAGAGCGCUUACAGAGCCUUUGUGUAAAGUUCAAAGGGUGAUUACAUUUGACAAGAUUCACCGUAAUAUUUGCAAAUUCCUCCCAUAGAAGGAUAUAAAGGCAGAAUAAUAAAUGUAUGUACCUAAUUGGGCAUAUAUUGGACAUCUCAGCUGUACUAUGGUCUUUUUAGACGUUAUUGUGUUAGCGCUUUGCUCCCUUACAUCAUUGCUCUACCGACCAAUUUUUUUACAAUGUAAAUCAAAUUGCUUCAUAAUACUACUCACAUUACAGAGCUGUAAAGCUUUAUAUGAGAUUAUUUUAAGUGAUUGAUUUUACGCACCUUGAUUGGUUGAUUGAACGGUCUAGAGCAGGUGUAUUCAACUCUUAUCCUACGAGCUUGCUGAUUUUCUGUUUUAUCUAAUAAUUAAUUGCACCCACCUAGUGUCUUUGGUCUCAAUAAA